AUGAGGAGAAACGGCGCGCGCGUGCACUGCCUUAAUGGACCGAGCGAGACGGGCAAGAUAUCGAGCGCGGGCCGAGGCGGCGGCGGCGGCGGCAUGGUGCUGGAGGGCGGGCUGCCGGCGCCGCUGCAGCUGUACGCGGCGGCGGCGGCGCAGCUGGCCCCGCGUCCGGCGUGGCCGCCGUUCCUGCCGUUUUUCGGCGUGCCGCCGCCGUUCCUGGCGCGGCCGCGGCUGCCGCACCCGAUGCCGGCGCGCGCGCCGCACGGGCCGCCCAGCGAGGACUCUAACGAAGACGGUGGCAGCAGUAAAGGUGGCAUUGGCGACGACGACGGCGACAGCGGCAAGCGAAGACGCUCGCGCACCAACUUUAACUCGUGGCAGCUGGAGGAGCUCGAGAGGGCCUUCCUUGCUUCCCACUACCCCGACGUGUUCAUGAGGGAAGCCCUCGCGAUGCGGCUGGACCUCAAGGAGAGCAGAGUCGCUGUAUGGUUCCAGAACCGCCGAGCGAAAUGGCGCAAGAAGGAACACACCAAGAAGGGACCAGGGCGGCCGGCGCACAACGCCCACCCUCAGUCUUGUUCAGGGGAGCCCAUCCCUCCUCAUGAGCUGAGGGCCCGCGAGAGGGCGAGAAGAAGAAAGAAGCUGGCGAAAGCACUAGACCGGCAGGCGAGGAAGCUACGGGCUAAGGGCAUUGCGGUAGACCUGGAGGCGCUGAAGGCUGAGUACCUGGCCCAGCAUCGGAAUAGCGGCCUGUACUCUGAUUCAGAUGGAGACGGCGACGGCGAGGAGUGCAUGAUCGACGUGGUAGGGGGAGACUCCUGCCACGACUCAGGACCUGAAGACUUCUCGCUGUCAGGGCGGCUGCGAGCGCCCUCUGGCGCUGACGGUAUCAACAACUCCGACAGCUCGACCUCAGAUGCUCAUUCUGGCAGGAACUUCAGCCCCCUCCCCGACCCUCAACCUUCGUUCUUCAAACAGUUCGGCAACCCCGCCGUCGCGUUCGACAAAUUCGACUUCGACUCCGGACGAGCCGUCUCCUUAGACCUCAGCGGCGGAGGCACGGCCACCGAGGACCUCUCCAAAAAUGGCGGCACCAGGAAAUACAACCCGUUCAGUAUAGAUUCCCUUCUUAAUACGUGAAAGUGACUGACAGUGACGUGACUAUAGAGGCUCUCCGAUACCACCCAGUGACUCUCAGAUACCGGCAUUUCGUGAGAUGUUCCUUUGCUUUAACGUUAAUGAAUUGUUAAUUAUCAUUAGUUUUAAUCGGCUUCAGUAAUAAAGACUUGAUAGGUACCAUAACAACAUAUCCAGUGUGAAUAUUAGAUGUAGGCGACUGUAUUAUAUAGUUGUAGUGUAUAUAGACCACUCCGCAUAUUUAUUUUCGACUUGUUAAUAAUUUCUACUUUGAUUCGGGGCAAUAAUUUUACUUAAUGUUUGUUGAUGAUGUGGUAUUUUAUUUUUUGUACGAUUUAUAAAUUUUAUUGAGCUGAGACUUAUAGAAGUGUGUCAUUUUAAGAUAAUAUUUUUAAAUCUGAAUUAUUAUGUAUUUAAUUUGAAGUCUUUACACUUCAUUAUGGAGAAAAAGUAACAAAUCAUCUCAUUUUGAUCUCUUCAUUGUUUAUUGUAAGUUUUGGCAAAUUGUAACAGCAAAAUCUAUUUAAACCUUUCUUUUUAUUAUUAUAUGUAUGGAUUCUCGAGUCCUGUACACAGACAUGGCAUAAUAUGACCUAAGACUAAACAGACGAGGAUGUAAACUUUCAAAAACAUCUCAGUGUGAGUUAACUGUUAAAGUUUUAGCCAAUCUGUUCCUCUUUACAAUUAACUCCUACGUACUAAUAAAUUUUGGCAAUCUUUGUAAGUUUGUAAUUGUGAUGACACUAAACUUUCUGUCGCAGUAGUAAUUUGAGCAAACAUUGCAAAGAAAAAUGUUAAGGUCACAGUGACAGUUCAGUCUCUGUUUAGUGGAUUUUUAUCAAAUCUAAUACUUUGAGACUGCCAAAGUCUAUUUCGGAGAUCUCUUAAGUUGUAUCCACAUAGAUACGGACGACAGCACAUCAAAUUUUCACAGUUAGGUUUUAUCUCGUUGUUAUACAGGCUAUUUUGCAACUAAAAUGUAAAGUAUGAUGUGCUUCAAACCCCAUAAUAUCCAUAAACGGUUCCAUAUUACCCGUUCCUGUGCAUAAUUUAAUUUUAUGUGCGAAUUACUGGCAGAUGCAUUACGAAUUACAAUUACCGCCGCACUACUUCAAUUGGUCGUUAACUAAACUCCGAGGUAAUUACACUAAUUACAAUUGUAAUCUUUGACUGUUGUAUGAUUAUGUCUGUUUGUUACGCCUUCACAACUACAUUACAUAUACUAACUUAUUUAUUAGUUUUUCUGUAAGUUCAUCUUUUGCAUGCGUUACGAUGCGAUCAAUCUAAAGAAAGCUAUCGUUGACACUUAAAUUGCUUUAAAAGGCUUAGAAUUAUCUUCGACGCCAUUAAAUUGAAUGCGUAAAUACUUAUUAAAUAAAUUAAAUUAACGGGACCAAUUCGAGUUGGCAUUCUUCAUAAUCUAAAUGAUAUUUCCAAAAAAAUUUAAUCAUCUAUUCCUAUUGAUAAUAAAUCAAUACUCAAUAGGCCCUCAGUUGUAUGUAAUGUGCCCAAGUAAUACCAAAGUACUAAUACUUAUUCUGUGGUAAUAAUCAGUUUAAGCAAUUACAAGUAAUUAUGUUUAUGGCCAAGCAAAGCCACUGGUUAUAACUAGCACACCAUUAUUUGCUAACUCCGUUACAAUUACUCUAGAUAGACUGUCCCUCCCACAGGCGAGUCCAUUCUGCUAAAUUAAUCGUUAUUUUGCGCCUUGGAUUAGGCUUAUGUACACGGCCAGUGUUUAUUAAUGACAUUAAUUAAAACGAAUGAGGACUAUCUAAUUGGUCUGUAAUACUCGUUUUUACAUAAUGGGCAUGUUUAGUUGAUAUCUACAUUGCUGAGUUUAUAGAUAUUACGAGUGUAACAUAGAAAUUAGUAUAGCAUAUUCAUUGAAAAACAAAAGAAACGCUAUUCAAAGAUUUAUAAACAAAUGACAGUUUUAAAUAUGAAACCGUGCUGAUACAGUCAAUCUGGGUAACGUUGCCCAUCAGUACUUAGCUUAAAAUAUUUGCGAAUUUAAUGCUUUUUCGCUUUGAUUUUAUAUUUAAAAAGCUUUGUGAACAACGAGUCAAAGAUACAAAGCUUAUUUAAAAUAAAUACAAUCAAAGAGUAAAAAAAAGUUACGUACCUUUAUGCGUAAUUAUAUUUUGCGCUGUUAUACUGAUAUCCAAAACUAAGUACUACCUACAUAGAUUGACUAUAAUUUCAGAUUAUUUAAUAGUUUGUUUAUUAGAUAACCUACUUUGAAGUUCGCAAUUCGGCGUUAAUCUGCAAGUUUUGAGAUUCGGAUAGCAACAAAACUUUAAUAUAGAACACUAAUUACUAAGUUGUCUGUAUAAAUAACAACAAUCGUUUAUCUGAAUUUUUGUUAUGUCUACGAUAUCAUCUGUAUACAGCCUGCUAUUUACCUAAUUAUUUUCAAAAAGUAUUACCAGUAUUACAUCGUGUGAUUUGUUACCACUACGGUCACAACCCUGGUGUUUGACACAGUUCAAUCGUAGUCAAAAGAAUCAAACAAAAAUAAUCGAAGUUUCUUCGAACAUAAGACUUAUUCGCCUGAAAACCAGGCGAUUUUUCAGUUUAUUCAACUUUGAGCUUAAAUAAUGUCAUCAUAGAGUUCUAACCAAUAAUCCACAUUAAACCACCAAGACCCAAUAAUAUAGGAUUACAAAUGGACUAACAUAUUCACGAGAUUUCCGGGCGCAUAAUGACGAUUAGUCAAGUCAUACUAAUUGAUAGGAUAUCUAUAAUUUCCGAUUACUAUGCCGCAAUAAUGACAUUUGCAUAUCUGGCCCCGUCUGAUGAUGAUGUAGGUAUGGAGCAGGGAUUUUAUGGAUAUCCGUAACCGUAACCGAAACUAUCAGAUAUCCGAAAUAAAAAAAUAUCCGUAACCGUAACUGAAACCGAUUCAAAAGUUUCGGAUGGUUUCGGAUAAAGGCAGUCUUAAAUAAUAAUAUUUUUUAAUAUUGGUUACUUGUUUGGCACCAUCUGACCCCGCCUGUUUUACCUUUAUCAUAGGUGCCGUCUUAGUAAGUACUUACAUAAAGUAGCUAUGUGGGUCGCGCAGCAUCUUGCUAUUUGAAUUUUGCAUUUUUAAAAUUCUGAUAUCCGUAACCGAAAACAUCCGAAACUUUCGGAUAAUCCGAAAUGAUUUCAUAUCUGUAACCGAAACCGGUAUAAUAUUAUUCUAAUAUCCGUAACCGUAUCCAUAACCGAAACUUCAUAUCCAUAACAUCCCUGUGAGCGGCUUUGCAGGACUGAGUGAUUGAUAAUAAUAGAAAAUGAUCACAAGUUUUUUAUUCCGCUUUAGUAGAAAAAAGGCUUUUUUGCUUUAGUUUCUACAUUAAUUGAGUUGUUGAUGAGAUAAUUGAUCUACGGUAAUUGCUGUUUUCUAAUAACUUUAUGAAUUAUAAUAAUGUUACUUUUACAAGAAUUACCUUUAAAGGCGAACGCUUUCUUUGGAUCUAAUAAAACAUUUAUAGCCUACAGGCACAGAAUUUCCAUUACUUAUUCCAAUGAAUAUAAAUCAAGUAUUAAUAGUAUAAAUCAAGUAUCAAGAUCAUUUAGUCAAUAUUUUGAAAGCUUAUAGGUUCAAAGAAAUGCCUACACUUUUCAGAUAAACCCAGGUCAAAAAUACCUAUGUAACAUAUUAAAAAUGGCGUCGCGACAAUUACUCGGCGAAAGAAACACAAUCGCUUGUCGUAAAACAAGAAUUAAUGAACUUUGUAAUGCGAAACUCCGAUAAGGGGCCAAUUAGCAAAACAACAUGGCCGCCGCGACUUUACAUCGGUGCCUGCGCGUGCGACUGACGCGUUAAAUAUAAAUAAAUAUGGCAUAAUCAUAUCGGCUUAUCAUAAUGUUGGUCUUAAAAUAGAGUAGCUGUCACAUACAAUUCAUAAACCCAAAAAGUAUUAAUAAUAUUCUGUAAAGCUCUAUUACACGCCCCAAUAAAACUUUUUUUUAAUCUUGUGAUAUUAUUUUGUGGUUAUCAUAAUGUAGGUAAACCUCUCUCACGAUAGGUUUUCUGAAGACUAUUAGUUUCGCGUUAUUUCCAUAGUGUUAUUCAAAUAUUGAGUAGGUAAUAUCUUCUAUUUAAAUAAAUGAUCAACAAAAGUUUAAAUUCUAUACUUACGAAUAAAAGAAGCAAUGGUCAAUAACAAAAUUAAAAGCCGUUACAGGAACUGAAAAACUUCCAAUUGCUAAUGAAAGUUUUUGUUAUCAAAAUAUUAAUUAUUAAUAUUGAGGUCGAAAAAAUCGCACGACAAAGUCGCCGACGCAUAAAAGUCCUAAUUACACGCUGCAUAAUAAUGUUCGAGUCGAUUGGCUAUGGCAUCCAUUGUCUGGAGUCACCGACACGUAAAAUGUCCAUUUUAUUUAUAUGGCUUUCUCGUCAGCACUAAUUGUGAGAAAACGCAAUGAAAACUGGCAAAUGCGCUUACGCAUUUCCUGUACAAAACUUUUUCUGGUUAAAAUCUAUGAACAUUAAAAUAACUUGGAGGUAGGUGCUAUGCAGAAUAGGGUCUUACUCGUAUAAUGCUCUAUUUAAAAGGCUCUAUUCCAUAGUCUGUUCUGUGGAUAGAUUCUUACCUCACCUAAAAACUUAUUAGUUUAUUUAUUUCAAAAACUAUUCAAUGUUAUGGAGAGUAAAUAACUUGGAUUUCUUCUAUUUUGUUGUGAAAGAGUAACAAACGCAUAACUCGCAAAAUAUAACAUGUACCUAAACCUUUUGACAUAAUUAUAUGAUUAGUGUGAGCUUGACAAAUAUGUUUAUUCCAAUUAUUAAUCAUACAUCUGUUAGAGACUAGAGAGGACUGAAAUACAUUUUAUUUAUUUUAGGUAUUUCAUGUAAAAUAAAGAGGUAUAUUGUAUUAACUCAGGAAAAAAACAUGACUAAGUAUCUCACAAAAAGUUCAGUUACAUUUUAAACGACCACUUUGUAGAAUUCUAUGUUAUUUUGCCGUUUUUCAUUUUAAAAGGCAAGAUAAUUAUAUAUGUUAUGUGCAAUAAACAUUUAGGAGACGACCAAAUUGCUAUUAAAACAGUUGGUUUAAUUCUAUUUACUAUGAUUAUUUUUAUAUAUUAUGUAUAAAUUAAUUUGUAUAAUAAAUUAUGGAGGAACAAGGAGGGGUUGAACAGUUGUAUAAAUAAACUAGCAUAGAUUUAUUAUAAUAGCUGGCCAUUUUAAGUUAUUCAAUAUUCGGGUUUCAUAAUUUGAACAACCGCAUAAAAUAUUACUGUUUUAAAUGUAACAUCUCCUUUAUUAAGAAAUAAUAUGUGAGAUAUAAAACUUUACGAUUUUCUACUGAUAGUUUUUAAUACUGUAUAUCAAGUUAGCACAACGUAUUACAGUCUUUGUGAAAAAAUACAGGCUUGGAGAAAUAAAAGUUGAUAAAUUAUAGCAAAACAUUUUCACAAUAUUUUAAAAUUUUGUUUAAUAGUAAAGACACCAGCAGAAAACCGUCAAGUCCCUAUAAUUAUAUGUUUUACUAUUAUAUUUGUACAUUUGUAGACCCACAUACAUUUAGGUACAAAAUAAAUACUUAAGUUAAUUUAUGAAUGGAGGAUAGAUGGAUAUUUGUAAAUUGUUUAUCACAUUGUGUAAGAUGUAAAAAGUAUGUUACGUGAGUAAUUUAUUGAAUCAAAAUAUAACACAUUUAAAAACACA